AUGCAAGACUACUUCGCUGAUGACUCUGUCUACAGUGCCCGUACGUUUCGCAGACGCUUUCGAAUGCGAUGGCCACUGUACCUAAGGAUCGUCGCCGCUAUUGAGGAACAUGCUAGCUACUUUCAGCAGCGAGCUGACGCGACGGGAAAGCUGGGGCUGUACAGCGCUGCAAAAGUGCACUGCGGCAAUCCGGCAGCUUGCUUACGGUAUGCCGGCGGAUGCGGUGGACGAGUACGUCCGCAUAGGAUAAAGCACAGCUAUCAAGAGCUUGCUGCGGUUCUGUUCUGCGGUACUAGAGGUGUUCGGCGAGGAGUAUCUACGUGCGCCAAAUGCAGACGACGUCAAUCGGCUGCUAGCCAUGCAUGGGGUGCGUGGCUUCGUGGGCAUGCUUGGCAGCUUAAACUGCAUGCACUGGCCGUGGAAAAACUGUCCGACGGCGUGGGCAGGGCGGUACACAGGCAAGGAGAGUACGCCGACCAUUGUGCUCGAGGCGGUGGUCUCA